CACCCUCAGCGUCGCCACCUGCGCACGGGGAGUGAGCACCGGCACCGAGUGUCUAUCCAGAUUUAGAUUUAGAUAUCUCUAAAUUGGGCAUGUGGCAGAUGCUGCAUAUUAGUCGUGAAGUAGACUAGUGGCUUAUUUUUUGAAUGUGUGAAGCGUAGCUUGGGACGUUGAAUCAUUUUUGCUCACUUACCGGUUCUUUUUUGCUGUUUCACCCAUUCGACCAAACGCUGACAGACGACACGAUUGGAGCAUCGGGAUACGUUUAGAGCACCUUCACUGAAGCGCUACGUUCCGAUCGUACAUUCCUGCAGAUUUUUUAUUUAUUACUACUUUCAGGAUUUCAUCCAAAGGGACCCUUGCUGAUUUGUCAGGACGCAGUCAGACUCCUCUCUAAAGGUCAAGGAUGGCGGUGGCUGUGUGUGUAGCUGGUCUGCAGGCUGUCCUGUCUCUGCUGCUGCUUGGUAUGAGCGAGGCAUCCUCCAUAGUGAACAUGCGUAGAGUCACCCACCCUACCAUACGAGAGCCCCUGGCUGGCAUCGCCCACCUCCCCUGUGUCUUCACCCUCCAGCCCAGUGAGCUCAGCCCUUCCAGCCAGCCUCCCCACAUCCAGUGGACCCGAACCUGGAUACCGCAGGGUGGAGAGGGGGGUCCACUGGAGCAGAUGGUUCUCUCAGCGAAGGGUGAUAUGGUGAAGGUGAAUAAGGCUUUCGCUGGCCAGGUCAGGUUGCUUGGAUACGCUGCUAACAACCUAAAUGCUACCAUGGAGAUCUCAGGCCUCCGUAGCAACGACACAGGCACCUACCAGUGCCAGAUUGUGGUUGUAGAUGACUACGAGCGAGACAUAGUGCCCCUUGUGGUCACAGGUGUGGUAUUCCAUUACUGGUCUCCUAGCGACCGUUACGCCCUCUCAUUUGAUGACGCUAAGUGGGCCUGUCAGGAGAACUCCGCCCUCAUCGCCACGCCCAACCAGCUGUGGGCAGCGUUCCAUGACGGUUACUCCAACUGUGCUGCCGGAUGGCUCUCUGACCAGACUGUCCGCUAUCCUAUCCAGUCACCAGAGCUUGGUUGCUAUGGACACCAGGAAUACUCAUCUGGUGUGAGGAAUUAUGGGAAAAGAGACGCUAAUGAGCUGUUCGAUGUCUACUGUUUCAGCAGGGAACUGGAGGGUGAGGUAUUUCAUUCCUGGGUCCCAGGGCGUCUGUCUUUGUCCUCUGCCUCAGAACGCUGCGUCUCCCUGGGGGGACAGUUAGCCACGGUGGGACAGCUCUACCUGGCCUGGAGGACAGGACUAGACGUCUGUGCUCCAGGCUGGCUCUCUGACGGCAGUGUCCGCUACCCUAUCACCCAGCCCAGGCAGGGCUGUGGAGGGGACCAGCCAGGGGUCCGGACCGUUGUACCCAACACCAAUGGAACCACAACCAGCAGCGGAUCAGCCAAUGCUACAGAUGCCAUACCACUCUAUGACGCCUAUUGCUACAGAGGGAACGUGAAGAAGCCAGGCCCCAUCUCUAGGAUCUACACGUCUUUGUGGAAGCCUUGGAGCCAGCUGACCGACUCCAGCCACUCAGACAACCUGGGAACAGACAGUCCUGCCCUGGCUACUGAGACCACCAGCAGCACACCGACCACCGUCACAGAGAGCCGUAACCUUUCACCAUCUGAUGACCUCACACCCUCAAACUGGACCGGAUUGGUUGAUCUGGAGGAAGAGGCCCACUCUUCCACAGAUCCCUGGUCCUCCGAGUCCUCUGAGGGGUAUGUCACCCUGCAGCUGAGCCCAGGAGAGAGCUCUCUAGCCUGGGGAGACCUGGGAGACAUAGAGCCUGACUCUGGAGCUUUCCUCAGACCUCCAGCCACACCCAGCCCCAGUCCGAGUACUACCACUCAGGAAGACCUAUCACCCUCGACCCCAGCUGACAGAAAGGUGAUGGCCAAGAUAGUGAAGUCCAUGUGGAAGCCGUGGAACUACCUGGCAGAAGGUACCCCAGGAACAGGCAGUCCAGAGGGGGAGAGAAAGGGAAGUGCAGCAGGGACUCUGACAGACAGUGUGGCUGUACCCACCGGCUCUCCUGCUCCAGGUUUAUCCUCAUGGGGUGGUGGGUGGUGGGAUGGCUCAGGACUGGGGGACCUAGAUGAUACACCACCCACUGGUGAGCCGUCGUCCUCCGCUGGUGAGCCGUCGUCCUCCGCUGGUGUGCCGUCGUCCUCCCCUGGUGUGCCGUCGUCCUCCCCUGGUGUGCCGUCGUCCUCCGCUGGUGUGCCGUCGUCCUCCCCUGGUGUGCCGUCGUCCUCCCCUGGUGUGCCGUCGUCCUCCGCGGGUGAGCCGUCGUCCUCCCCUGGUGAGCCUUCGUCCUCCCCUGGUGUGCCGUCAUCCUCCCCUGGUGAGCCUUCGUCCUCCCCUGGUGUGCCGUCGUCCUCCCCUGGUGUGCCGUCGUCCUCCCCUGGUGAGCCGUCGUCCUCCCCUGGUGUGCCGUCGUCCUCCCCUGGUGAGCCGUCGUCCUCCCCUGGUGAGCCUUCAUCCUCCCCUGGUGUGCCGUCGUCCUCCCCUGGUGUGCCGUCGUCCUCCCCUGGUGAGACGUCGUCCUCCCCUGGUGUGCCGUUGUCCACCCCUGGUGAGCCUUCGUCCUCCCCUGGUGAGCCUUCGUCCUCCCCUGGUGAGCCUUCGUCCUCCCCUGGUGUGCCGUCAUCCUCCCCUGGUGAGCCGUCGUCCUCCCCUGGUGUGCCGUCGUCCUCCCCUGGUGAGCCUUCGUCCUCCCCUGGUGAGCCAUCAGCCUCCCCAGCCCUGCUCACCUCUACCCCGGCCACAGAGAUCCAGUCCUCUGCCUCCACCUCCACCACUGGAGGGUGGAAGGCUAUCCCAGACACUACUCAGCCCAUAGGGGGGACAUGGGUCCAAGUGACCCCUUCAACAGGUGUGACCUCCCCCCAGCCGGGUGAUAGGAGAAUGGAAGAGGUUACCACUAGUACCACUAGAGCAGAUAGCAUAGCCACCACUGGGAGCGGGAGAGCGAUGGUGAAAGAGGAGGAAGGGAGUGCCCUGGGGGCCUCCGACGAGGCCAGAGGGGAGAUCCAGUUUACCGGUAUCCCCGUUGGAACAACCAAACCCAAACUCAGGGUCCCUCCAUCCAACAACAGAACCAUGUGGAAGAACCAGUCACGAGCCAGUGGCAGCACAACCCAACCCACAGUCAGCAGCUCCACAGCUGGGUCAGACAGCAGAGACUCUUCCCCUCCAUCCAGACCAGGUGCUGGAGCUCCAGCCCCUCCACCCUCAGCCUCAGUCAGCCAGGGCAGCUCCAGGGUGGCAUCUCCAUCCAUAUCCUGGGUCCCCACGGAGAGAUCUGAAGAGCGGGGUGGCGAGGGGCCGGAGAGAGAGCCCCUGGAGGUGCCCUCCGAACCACCAGUGGAGGAGGAGACAGCCUUGUCUCACUCGCUCGGCUCUGGGUUGCCUAGCAACAUGGACGAGGAAGGUGGCAGAGGUGCCGGAUUCAACCAAAGCAACAGAACUCUGGACUCUGCUGUGCUGUGUGGAACCCCGCCCGCUGUGGAGAAUGCCCAUCUGAUUGGCCGUCGGCGGUCCCAUUAUGACAUCCAUGCAGUGGUGCGUUACCAGUGUGCCGAAGGUUUUUACCAGCGCCACAUCCCCACCGCGCGUUGCCGGGCCGAUGGCACCUGGGACCGGCCCAAGAUCAUCUGCACAAAGUCUCGGCGAUCCCACCGGUACCGCCGCAACCACCGCCACGGCCAGCGCCGGGAGCGUAGGAACCACAGGAGAUACGGAGGAGAGGCCCACAUGGAGAGGGGAGUGGACGCACACAGCCAAUACUGAACCAAAUACUACACCUCCCACAAUGCUCUGCGCCUGACCGCUGACCUAUCCUGGGGCUGUAGGGGAUCAACCCCUCACAAUGGACAAUAGUUGACAUCUGAACGUUCUCUUUUCCUGACCUAUUUCAGUCUGUCUCUUUGGAUUGAAAUCUCACUUGAGAUACUCUAUGUGUACAAAACUUUAACUUUCAUGCAAAUGACCGAUUGACAUCAGUUCAAAAAAAGUUCUGUGUUACACACCCAUAUCUCAUGUUUGGAUUUGUCCUUUUGUUGUUGAUUUUGUUUAACCCAUGUCCAUUACUUACAACAGUAAUAGUCUCUCUCUCGCUAACACGGUCGCUAAUACUGUAACUUAGAAACAGCAAAUCCUUGGCAUGUCUAUGAAUAACCUAUUCUCACUAUCGAAACAUAAAUACAGUGAUGUGUGUUCGUGCGUGUGUGUGAGAGAAAGUGUGUAUCCUAUGCGAGUGUGUUUUUAUAAGUUUAAAGCUUGUUCUAGAUCUCAGAACAUCCUACUGUUUGUGUUCUGUUAAUAAAGCACAGAUGUAAUUAAUAAGUUAGCUAGUUAGCUUUCAGUCCCAAUUAACCCAGAGCUUUUGUCUGUAUCCUGUACUUGUUAUGUUCCCUUAGGUCCCCUGAAUAGUAGGGCUGUUUUAUUAUUCAACUUAUGUGCCAUUUUUUAAUAUUUGCUAACUUUUCAUGUCACGUCACUAUUUAUUAUGGACUAGUUAAUAUAUGUUGAUUUUUUUUAUACAUAAUCCAACAAGGCAAUGUAAUACCUGUUUUCUUUUAUGUACCAUUCUCUUACAAUCAAAACGUGUUAACCAAAAAACAAGUUAACCCUUUGAUUGCCUGUACUGUACUGUAAAUACUGUGGUUUUUGUUUGUUUGUUAUUGACUGACACCUGAUUGAUACCUGACCCUUGUCCAGCCAUGUGUUUCCCAUCGGCAUCUCAACUAAUAUUCUAAAACAGCCCCAUCGAUCUAAAUGGAAUAAAAUAGGAUAGAUUAAAAUACUACGGACUGAGACAAAACAUUCCCAAGAUAUCUACUCGAUCGUCAAUAGACCCAGUCUUUGCACGGCUCCAAUAUGUGAUGGGUAGGAUGCCAUGAAUCUGGUCCUUGAUUGGUCGUCACCCCUUUUUUGGUGUUGUUAUGAUGUCCUGUCCAGCUGUUGUGUUCCAUUCUUAAUAAAGCUAAAAAACAAACA